GUAUUAUUCAUAUUAUCAUCACUAUCUCAUAGAAAAUUUUGAUAUAGUAAUAUCAGAAAAUGGAACCGAUGAGGAAAGUUAGGUUGAUCUUGAUUUUCAUCUGGAUCUUCUUUCUAGAUGGAUUGCUCAUCAUGGCUGAUCAUAGCAUUCACAGUAACUAUACAUUUGUUGUUGAAGAGAAGAAAUUUAGGAGAUUAUGUACAACAAAAAAAAUGUUGACUGUAAAUGGCAUGUUCCCAGGCCCAACCAUUCGAGUUCGGAAGGGCCAAACGGCUUUCAUUACUGUUCAUAACAAAGGAAACUAUGGCAUCACUAUUCACUGGCAUGGAGUAAAACAACCAAGAAAUCCAUGGUCAGAUGGACCUGAAAACAUAACGCAAUGUCCAAUCCAACCUGGGAAAAGCUUUACUUAUGAGGUUAUAUUUUCAACAGAAGAAGGAACUUUAUGGUGGCAUGCUCAUAGUGAUUGGUCACGUGCCACUGUUCAUGGCCCCAUUAUUAUUUUGCCUCCAUUAGGGAAAACAUACCCAUUUCCUCAACCUCAUGCACAGAAAACAGUCGUACUCGCCUCAUGGUUCAAUGGAGACGUGAAUGAAAUUAUUGAGAGUGCCAUGGCAACCGGAUCAGACCCAAAUAUAUCAGAUGCUUUCACCAUCAAUGGCUGGCCUGGACCUUUAUAUAAUUGCACCAAUGAAACAAUAUACAACCUGGUAGUGAAACCAAAAAGGAGGUACCUUCUUCGAGUAGUGAACGCAGUAAUGAACGAAGAAAUGUUCUUAGCCAUAGCACAGCAUAAUCUCACAGUGGUGGCUCAAGACGCAGCUUACAUCAAGCCCAUUACCACAGACUACAUAAUGAUAUCCCCAGGCCAAACCAUGGACAUUUUACUCACCACCAAAAACCACUCAAAACCCACUCUCUACUACAUCUUUUCUAGACCAUUUUCUGACUCGAAUGUCUCCAUCGAUACCUCUACUACCUCUGCCAUUCUUCGUUAUCACCAUGAUGAUAGUAAAAAUAUCUCCAACAAAACCAUCGAACCCUCUUCAUCAAAUGUUCCAAUAAUGCCAAUAUUGCUUCCUAAUAUAACUGAUAGAGUUGCUUCGUACAAUUUCACUAGUCGUAUUAGAGCCUUGGCUACCAAGGAAUUUCUGGUUAAUCUGCCUACGAAUGUUGGACAACGAUUGUUCAUUACGGUUUCGAUUAAUACAAUAAUUUGCCCUAACUCGUCUUGUGAGGGACCAGAUGGUAAUCGGAUAGCAGCAAGCUUAAACAACGUUAGCUUUCAGACCCCUUCGAUUGAUAUUCUACAAGCAUAUUACAGGAGCUUGUCAGGUGUUUAUAGCAGUGAUUUCCCAGCCAGGCCACCUUAUAUUUUCAACUUCACAGGAGACGUGGGAAACAACACAUUACACCCAAGCAUUGGAACGAAGGUGAAGAUGGUGGAAUAUGGUGAAACAAUUGAGAUUAUAUUCCAAGGGACUAAUGUAAUUGCUGCUGAGAAUCACCCUAUGCAUCUCCAUGGUUUUAGUGUCUACAAGGUCGGAAAUGGUUAUGGCAACUUUGACCACAAAACUUCCCCCAAAACCUACAAUUUGCUUGAUCCACCUGUGCUCAACACAUUUGGAGUUCCCAAAAAUGGUUGGGUUGCCGUUAGAUUCUUUGCUCAAAAUCCUGGAGUGUGGUUUUUGCAUUGUCAUCUAGAGAGACAUGCCAGUUGGGGUAUGAGUGCUGUGCUGAUUGUCAAGAAUGGGCCAACGAAGGAGACAAGCAUUCGAGAACCUCCUCCUAACAUGCCAAUCUGCUCUUAAUUAAUUAAAAGCUUCCACCACAAAUAUAUAUAUACAUAUAAAUAUAUACUUAUAUAUAUUGGGUUUGUUUGGUAUAGCUUUUACUUUUACUUUUAGACAUAAAAAGAAGACAAGUAAAAGUUUGAGAUUUCUAAUUUUUGUUUGGAUUUAUAUUUUGAAAGAGUUUUUUUCUUUGUUGAAGAGCUUUUCAGAAUGUUUGGUAUAUACUACAUAAAAGCUCUUAUAAAAUAAAUAUCAUAU